AACGGGGAGAAGCGCCGCGCGCCGUUGCAUUCAUUCUGAUUUCUGUCAGUUUGCCGCGAGCACUUGUGGAGGAUAGGUGCCCUUUAUAUAAUUUUAUUGUUAAUAUACUUUUUGCUAAAAUAAUUUAUAGAUUAAUAGAAAGUGAGAGAAUAGCAAAAACAAUUAUUGUGACAUACGUUAGUAAACUAUUUUUAUGUGAGUGCUAUAUCACGACUCAGGCGAGCUGAUUUAGAAGUGUACUCAGUGAAGUGGAAAGAGCAGCCAACAUGAACGGCGUGAACGGUCACAGCAACGGCGACAGCGUCGCGGCCGGCGACAUCAUCACGCAGAACCAGCAGCGGGGCUGGUGGACCAUCGGGCUCAUCAACGCUCGCUACCGCUACCUCACCGCAGAGACCUUCGGCUUCAAGAUCAACGCCAACGGCAACAGCCUGAAGAAGAAGCAGAUCUGGACGCUGGAGCCCGCCGCGGGCAACGCCAAUGACAGCAUGAUCUACCUGCGCUCCCACCUGGACAAGUACCUGGCGGUGGACACCUUCGGGAACGUGACCUGCGAGGCGGACGACAAGGAGCCGGGCAGCAAGUUCCAGAUCAGCGUGUCAGACGACGGUAGCGGGCGCUGGGCGCUGCGCAACGUGGAGCGCGGGUACUUCCUGGGCUCCAGCUCCGACAAGCUGACCUGCACGGCCAAGGUGCCCGGCGACGCGGAGCUGUGGCACGUGCACCUGGCAGCCAGGCCGCAGGUCAACCUGCGCUCCAUCGGUCGCAAGCGGUUCGCGCACCUGUCGGAGGCCCAGGACGAGAUCCACGUGGACGCCAACGUGCCCUGGGGCGAGGACACUCUGUUCACCCUGGAGUUCCGAGCGGACGAGGGCGGCAAGUACGCGCUGCACACCUGCAACAACAAGUACCUCAGUGCCGCCGGGAAGCUCCUGGAGGCCUGCUCGAGCGCGUGCUUGUUCAGCGCGGAGUACCACGCGGGCGCGCUGGCGCUGCGCGACGCGUCCGGGGCGUAUCUGGCGCCCAUCGGCUCCAAGGCCGUGCUCAAGACCCGCGCCACGGCCGUCACUCGCGACGAGCUGUUCUCGUUGGAGGACAGCCUGCCGCAGGCCGCCUUCGUGGCCGCGCUCAACGACAAAUACGUCUCCGUCAAGCAAGGCGUGGACGUGACGGCGAACCAGGACGAGAUCUCCUCUCACGAGAGCUUCCAGCUGGAGUUCGACUGGGGCACGCGGCGCUGGUACAUCCGCACCAUGCAGGACCGGUACUGGACCCUGGAGACGGGUGGGGGCAUCCAGGCCAGCGGGGACAACAAGUCGUCCAACGCCCUGUUCGAGCUGGUGUGGGGGGAGGCGGCCGGCUGGCUCUCGUUCCGCGCCAACAACGGCAAGUACGUGACCACGAAGCGCUCCGGACACCUGUACGCCAACUCAGACGUGCCCGACGACAACUGCAAGUACUACUUCUACCUCAUCAACAGGCCGAUCUUGGUGCUGAAGUGCGAGCAAGGGUUCGUGGGACCCAAGGGAGUGAAGAUGGAGUGUAACAAGGCGAACUACGAGACCAUCCAAGUUGUGCGGGGCCCCAAGGGCACCGUCUACUUCAAAGGCUCCAACGGCAAGUACUGGGAGGCGGACGGCGAGGCCGUGACGUGCGACGCGGAGGCCCCUCAGGGCUUCCAGCUGCAGCUGCGGGAGCCCACGCGCCUGGCCAUCCGCGCCGCCGACGGCCGCUACCUGGCCGCCGCCAAGAACGGCAACUUCCGCCUCGCGUCCGCCGACCUGGCCUCCGCCACGCUCUGGGAGUACUGAGCGGGGCACCCCGACCACGACCCGCUGUUCUGUUAAAGUUAACUACAAAUAUUAUGUGAGAUUACUGUAAAGGAUACGAUAUCGGCUUGUAUUACAUCUGUAGCGUCGGACGUGAGGCCGGCGGCGUCGCUCAUGUUCGGGUGCGGUGACGACUACACAAUACUCUUCCAUUAUCUGUUUGUAUUCAUCUCAAUAUUUAUUUACAUUAAGGCGUGAAACUUACUUGUAUUGUAAUAUUUAAAGGGGCUCGUCAAUCGGAUGACAUCUGUCCACCAUUUUGUGUAAAAUGUGACAAAAUAUCAGACCGGGUAUGUACACAAGAAUGGCUCGAGUACGCAACCCUUGUUGUAUAGCAUUGAGGUCUCGGAAACGAUACAGAUGGAGAGUGAUGGCGGCCCGACGUGCAUUUAAUAUAAAUAAGAUGUUUAUCGCAGAUGUUGCGAAUGUGAUUGUAGGAAGAUGUCGUUGGUGAACAAUAAUACAAUUAUUAUUAAUUAUUGAUCAGAGCAAGUUGCGUGACGUCACGCGAGCUUACCAAUUAUUUUUUUAAUCUUUGUGGCGCAAUCGCUUUAGUAAUUUAUUUUUAUGAAAAUUAAAUCUUAUCAAGGUAUUUAUUGGAUCUACCGUCUAGUCGACGAGGACAUAGACGAUGCGGGCUUGUGAACAAUUUGUGAAACAGACUGAACUUUACAAACUGCACUUAAUUAUUGUACCGUAAUCUAAGUUAAAUUUGGGCUUAACGCAAUACCAGGCGUGCGUCGCGACCUACAGGGCACUUACUUAUCAAUUUUAUUUUUUAUUUAAGACUAUAAUCUAACUUAAAUAUUAUCAUCCAUACGGCGGUUUGACCUGUAUAUCCUGUGGUUAAUUCUUAAUAUUGAAACAUCAUAUUUCUUACUCUGAGAUACUGUUUCCUCAGUUCUCUGUGACGCCCCGGCCCCGCGACUGCUCAGCCUGGCUCUAUAUCAUUUAGUUAAGUUAAUGUAAGUUACAUCGGUAUAGUAUUAAGCUAAACUACGCCCCAAGUGGACGUCCAUUCCAAAUUUUUUACACUUUUUAGUAUUUUUAUCAAGUUUAUACAAAUAUUGUAUGUAUUCGUCUGGUGCGACACGUAUGGCCGUAGCUGUAAAGUGCGGCGCCCACAGUUGCGCUGAUACGAUUGAUUAUUUGUACGAUAAUGUCUUUGUAAACUAUUAAUUAAUAAAUUAUAAUCAUAUU